UAUCGUUGACAGAGCUUGCUCUGUUUUUUCAAAUUUUCGUCGUUUUCUGUUUGAGUUUUCUUCAAAAUGUCUAUGUCCACCUCAUAUCGAUACGAAGUUGAAAACCCGACCUCUGUAAUGCUAAAGAAAUCCUUACGAAGACAGAAACAACGUAUAAGGAAUUAUGAAAUUAUGAACGAGAAGACAAAUGCUGUGAGAAGCGAUAUAAAGACAAUACUUCUUGCAGACUGGGUUGAAAAACUAGAUGAAACAUGUUUCAAAAAGAAAGCAAAACGCCAUGCAGAAGAAGUUAAGCAAGAGUUACAUCAUGGAAAUGAAGAACUCAUAUUGGUUCGUCGAGCACAGCUGCAAAAUCUCUUAAUGAAAGAAGAAAAAAGUUAUCGUGAUGAGUUGGAAAAAUUGGACAAGACUUUUUACUUACAAAGAAUUUGAAGAUUAUGACAAUGAAGGUUUCAGAAAAACAUCGUUAUGUUUGUAAAUGGCUCAAUAAAGAAAGCUUUAAUACCCUUCUCUUGACGUUUGAUGUCUAUUUAUGCUCUGACGUCUGUUUAGAACGAACGAGAACCUUAGUAAUUUGAUAUGGUCAUAUCGUGCUUGUUUGUAUAAUUAAUACAGUAUGUUUGAAAAUUGGUAAUCCAGGCAUUAAUGUUGUUCUGAUGAAGGCUCGAAGCAGCGAGUCGAAAGCUCGUUAAACAUCAUUUCUUAAUCCGGAGAAACGUUUAUUUUACAAAAUUACUACAGUAUGUCAAUGAAUGAAUAGUGUGUAUAUAGUUGGAAAUGAGACAGAAUGUUUCAUAUGCUGUAAGGCACGAUUCAAAUUUUAACUUUUUCAUGUGCCGAAUGUAUUAAAGAAAGAAAUACGAUAUUGGUUUUAACUCUUUUUUUAUCUGAAGCAUUUGUAAAAAGUUAAAAGUUAGAACUUUAAAACAACUUCAUAUAAUAGGAUGGAAGGAACUUUCAUACUAAAACAACGUUGAAAUUUUAAUCAAAUAAGGACUUAGAAUAAGGAUUAUAAUAUUUAUUUACCAUCUUAAUAAGCAUCUACACAUCUAACCAUGCAUAACGAUACUCAUUAACAAUAUUCGUGGAAAAGUUCGACAAUAGUGAUGAACUUGACAACCUUCGGUGAUCACUCCUCUUCCGAGCAACAUGUUUUAUAACAUCACUUUAUGCAUUCUUCUUUUUGGAAUGGGGAAUGAGGUCUGGAUCGUAGUCUUUCACACGGAUGAUUUGAAUUAACUUUUUUACAUGGGGAAAUUUAUGUAAAGAAAACAGUUACUUUUCUUUAUACGAACACUUCAAGAAUUAUACGCAUGUCGAAGUGGAAGACUUUUUCACAAACGUAUUGCAACUAAUAGAAUAAUUAGCUUCUGAUUUCUGUAUUCUGUAUUCAACACAACCUAACGUUCAUAGAUGGUCGUUGUAGUUUAAAUUGAAACAUUUAUACAGGAGUUUUAUGCAAUUUGUACUAAUUUCUCAACUAAUUCUAUUUUAAAAUAAAUGGUUUGAACCCGGGA